AUGGCGGAGAGAGGAGGACGCCGGGGCUGGUGGGGACGAGCCCUGUUGUGGUGCGUCCUGGUGGCGGCGUGGGAGGCGGCGUGGGGUCAGCUGCGCUACUCGGUUCCCGAGGAGAUGCCGAAGGGCUCGUUCGUGGGCGACGUGGCCAAGGACCUGACGCUGAAGCUGCCGGCGCUCCGCGCCCGCGAAGCCCGCGUUUUUGACACCGGUAGGACGCAGUACUUCGUUUUCGACUUGCAAAACGGCCACUUAUCGAUGAAGGAGAGGGUGGACAGAGAGAAGAUAUGCGCAGCUGUUGCUAAAUGCGUUCUAAAUUUUGAGAUUCUUGUUAAAAAUCCAGUGAACCUUUACAGAGGGGAGGUAGAAAUACUGGAUAUUAAUGAUAAUUCGCCGACUUUCCCCGAAAGGAACAGCGUCUUGGAAAUCAGCGAAUAUACUGCACCUGGCACGCGUUUCCCAUUGGAGAAAGCUCAAGAUCCCGACAUAGGAGUGAACUCUCUACAGAAUUACGAGUGUACCGAGAGCACCUAUUUCACCUUGGACGUGAAAAACGGAGACGACGGUAUGAAAUAUCCGGAAUUAAUAUUGGUGAAAUCUUUGGAUCGGGAACAGCAGGCUGCUCAUAAUUUAAUCCUGACAGCCACAGACAGAGGGACUCCUGUGAAAUCGGGAUCGACAACAAUCAAAAUAAUUGUGUUAGAUGGAAAUGACAAUGCUCCGGAAUUUACUCAGCCCGUUUAUAAGGUGACCGUGAGAGAAGACGUGGCCGUGGGAAGCCGGCUGUUACAGGUGUCAGCGACUGACAGAGACGAGGGGCCAAACGCCGAGGUGAAGUACUCGUUCUUUAAAAUCCCGGAGAAGUUCGACAAGACUUUUAAACUAGAUCCGGAAAGUGGAGAAAUUGAGAUAACACAGAAGCUGAAUUUCGAGGAACAGGAGUUUUACGAAUUGGACGUGCAGGCUCGGGACACGGGCGGACUCUCGUCCCACAGCAAAGUUCUCAUCACGGUCGCUGAUGUGAACAACCAUGUCCCUGAGAUUGUGAUUAUGUCCGUGCUCAGUCCGGUCCCGGAAGAUACACCGCUGGGGACAGUCAUUGCAAUUUUCAGCGUUCAAGACCGGGACUCGGGAGCGAACGGCGAGGUGAGGUGCAGCAUCGACGGACGCCUCCCGUUCCGUCUGGAGAAGACCUUUGAGGACUACUACCGCGUGAUGACUGCUGAGGAGCUGGACCGUGAGACGGUGUCGGAGUACAACGUGACGGUGCGGGCGUCGGACGGCGGUUCGCCGCCGCUGUGGAGCAGCGCGGUGCUGUCGCUGCGGGUGCUGGACGUGAACGACAACGCGCCGGUGUUCGCGGAGGCGCGGUACAGCGCGCGGGUGGCCGAGAACAACGCGGCGGGCGCGCUGGUGCUGACGGUGCGGGCGGCGGACGCGGACUGGGGUCAGAACGCGCGCGUGCGGUACCGGCUGUGGGAGGGGCGCGUGCGGGGCGCGCCGCUGUCGUCGUACGUGUCGGUGCACGCGGAGACGGGCGCGCUGUACGCGCUGCGCUCCUUCGACUACGAGGAGGUGCGCGAGGUGGGGCUGUGGGUGCGGGCGGAGGACGGCGGCGCGCCGUCGCUGAGCAGCAACGUGUCGGUGCGCCUGGUGAUCGUGGACGAGAACGACAACGCGCCGCAGGUGCUGUACCCGCCGCCGGCGUCGGGCGCGGGCUGGGCGGGCGUGGAGCUGGCGCCGCGGUCGGCGGAGCCCGGGGCGCUGGUGGCCAAGGUGGUGGCGGUGGACGCGGACGCGGGGCAGAACGCGUGGCUGUCGUACGAGCUGGCGAAGGCGACGGAGCCGGCGCUGUUCCGCGUGGGGCUGCACAGCGGCGAGGUGCGCACGGCGCGGGUGCCGCUGUCCCGCGACGCGGCGCGGCAGAGCCUGGUGGUGGUGGUGAAGGACCACGGGCGUCCGGCGCUGUCGGCCACGGCCACGCUGACGGUGGUGCUGGCCGAGAGCGUGGGCGAGCUGCUGUCGGAGCUGGGCAGCGCGGCGGCGGCGGCGGCGGCGGGCGAGCCGUCCGUCAGCCUGACGCGCUGGCUGGUGCUGGCCGUGGCGGCCGUGUCCUGCCUCUUCCUCGCCUUCCUGCUGCUGCUGCUGGCGCUGCGCCUGCGGCGCUGGCGCCGCUCGCAGCUGCUGGCGGCGGGCAGCGGCGCCUUGCGCGGCGUCCCGGCCUCGCACUUCGUGGGCAUCGACGGCGUCCGCGCCUUCCUGCACUCCUACUCGCACGAGGUGUCGCUCACCGCCGACUCGCGCAAGAGCCAGCUCCGCUUCUCGGGCGGCAGCUGCUGCGACACCCUCCCGGCGCGCCCGCCAGCUGAGUCUUCAGGUGAUUUCGUGCCUACGGGAGAUCGAGUUACCGAGAAUGAUGGCCAAGUUUCCUUUCAGGAGGUGAAUUGA